CGCAGAACUGCCGUUGGAAAGCUUUCGACGGGACACAUCUGCUCUACCUGACAACAUAUCAAUCCAAGAAAAAAAUCCAAAAUCAAAAUGCCAGUGAAAGCUAUUCCUGCUGAAGAUGCUGAUUUCGAAAGAAUCUUCGAAAUCACAUCACUAGCCUUUGAUAGGAAUGAACCAGUAUGGGACGCAAUGUGGCCGAGCCAUUGGUUGCCCCAAGGACGUCAGCAAGGAGCGGAGCGCAUGCGAAAGACCAAGAACACCACUCCGGAAACAACGUAUAUUAAGGCAAUCGAUACUGAGACUGGAAAAAUCUUGGGAAUGGCGAAAUGGAACAUAUUCCAGAACUACUCGCCGUCACGGAGUGAAGUACCCGACAUUUACGAGAAUAACCAAGACAGAGACUACGCUCAAGGAGUGGUUGAUGCCUUCCUCGCAACGCGGAACCAGGCCAUCAAGGAACGAGACGGCAAUGUCAUCGCUCUCGACAUUCUGACGGUCGAUCCAGCAUAUCAACGUCAAAAAGUCGGAUCUUGUUUGGUUGAGUGGGGAACUCGGAAGGCCGAUGAGAUGGGCUUUGAUGCGGUCGUGGAAUCCAGUGUCUUCGGCAGGGGCUUAUAUGAGAAACAUGGAUUCGAGUAUCAGAACGACGUCCAAGUGACGGUCCCGGGGUAUGAGAAUGAUGCCAGUAGACCGACCGGUUCCUUUGCGUGGAUGGUGAGACCAAAGACAACAAAGGCUUGAUCGUAGACUGGGCUGUAUGCUCUAACAUCUCACCGACUGGGUCGAGUAUACCUUAAUUACCUAGGUAGGUAAGGUACCUAUGUAAUCAAUGGCUAUGGCCGCACGCAC